CUCCGCCCGAAACCCAACCCAACUUCCACGGCGCUUCCUAGUUACCACUUUCACGGCGCAUUUGGCGGGGUCGCAAGGCUUUGCAUCGGCUGGACACGAUGAGUAAAAUGUGGGAGGUAGAUCCGGAGACGAGGAGCAAGCUACUCGAGAUCCAGAAAACGAACAAGAACAAUGUGUGCGUGGACUGCAAUGCGCCGAGUCCGCAAUGGGCGUCUCCCAAACUCGGCAUCUUCAUGUGUCUCUCUUGCUCAGGCGUCCACCGUGGCUUGGGCGUCCACAUCUCCUUCAUCCGCAGCAUAACCAUGGACGCCUUCAAGGGCGCUGAACUCGUGCGCAUGGCUGCCGGCGGCAACAAGCCCUUCCAAGACUUUUUCAACACACAUCCGUCGAAUACGAAGGAGAGUAGGACGUUUGAGGAGAGUAGCAUUCAGGAGCGGUAUGAUAGCGAGGCGGGUGAUGAGUGGAAGGAGAGACUAAGCUGUAAGGUUGAGGGGAGGGAGUUUGAUAAGAGCAGCUUGCCGAAGCGCGUGCCGAAGAAGAUCGCGGACGCCGUGGGUGGAGCGGGUGCGAGCGUGCCGUUAAGUGGCCGCGCGACGCCCGGUAGUAGGAGUCAGACACCGUUGGGCAGAACGAGGAGUAAUGAGCCCGGGUUUCAGCGCUCGGGAUCGCCUGCUUUAGGCACAGCAUCACUGUCCAAGAAAACCCAGAAUGAAGCGUAUUUUUCGCGCAUGGGCGCUGAGAAUGCGAAUCGCAGGGAGGACUUACCGCCGAAUCAGGGAGGCAAGUUCGCAGGUUUCGGGAGCGAGCCGGAGCAUUGGAAGAAGGAGGAGGAGCUGGGGGCGCCACCUGCACUGGAUGAUUUUCAGAAGGAUCCAGUGGCAGCGUUGACGAAGGGGUUUGGGUGGUUGGGCGCGAGUGUGAGUAAGGCCGGGAAGACGGGGUAUGAGGGGUGGGUGAAGCCGGGGAUACAGAAGCUUGCAGAAGCAGACCUGGCAGCCCAAGCCCGCAACACCGCCGCCACCCUUGGCCAAGGCAUCCAAUCCACCACCACCGGCGCUGCCACGGCCCUCACCCGCUUCGUCGAAGGUGACGAGCACUCCCCCAAUAACCCCAAACCCCAUCCCAACGCCAAACGAUCCGUCGAGCCCGAGAAGAAGGACUUCUGGGAUUCCUUCGGAGCGCCCCCGGAUGGUCCUGCGGCUGAUAAGAAAGAUUUUUGGGAUGACUUUGGUGCUCCACCAAAGGGGCCGAGUAAAGAUAAACAAGACUUUUGGGAUGAGUUUUCAGGUGUCGGGGGCGGGAGUCAGGGUAAAGGGAGUUUGGGAGUUGGGGGACAGAAGAAACCAAGCGGGAUUGGGACGAGUGCGGUUAAGAAGAGUGGAGAAAAGAAAGAUGAAAGUUGGGGAGAUUGGUGAAUAGAGGGUCUUGAGUAGUGAGUCUGAAGAUUUGUAGUCUUUGUGGGUGGAUUCAGGCGUCAGGAGUUGUAUACAGAUGGUGCUGAUGGGUGGGUUGGUGGAUUGGUAUUGUUUUGAUAUCAUGUUCCAGGCCUGCUACUCUUGAACUUCGCGAGCCUUACACCUAUGUUUUCCGCAGGCGAUUACUGGCGUUUGCGGUCUUUCUGCGGGUUGUCUCGUGUUUUGGCUGAGGGUUGUCUGGUUGUGCUCUAUCGCUCUUUCAUCUCAAGAGCAGAUUACGUAUAUCCCAGGAAAGUUGUCU